AUGAAACCCUGGUUUUCAAACCAACAAAUUCUUCAACUCAACCACAAACUCUCACACCUCACAAGAACUAACCAAUUCUCCGAUUCCCUCAAACUCUUCACCAAAAUCCACUCCUUCUACUUCUAUAAACCAGAUCACUACACCCUUUCAAUCGUCAUAACCGCCACCGCCAACACCGGCCAUGUCACCACCUUCGGUAACCAGCUUCACUCCUUCGCAAUUCAAACAGGCCUCAAAGCCCAUUCUCAUGUCGCCAAUUCCCUCCUCUCUCUUUACUCCAAAGCCCAUGACAUUAUUUCAGUUCAACUCGUUUUUGAAGAUGUUUUAUACACAUAUGUGUAUUCAUGGACCACCAUUUUAUCUGUUGUCACUAAAUUGAUUCAUGUUGAUUAUGCACUUCAUGUAUUUGAUAAAAUGCCCAAGUCUUAUGUUGCUGUUUGGAAUGCUAUUAUUACUGGGUGCAGUGAUAAUAGACGUGAAGAUGUUGCUUUUAAGUUAUUUAAAGAUAUGUUUAGGAUAAAUGUUAGGCCUAAUAAUUACACAUUUGCUACUAUCUUGAGUUUGUGUUCUUUGGAGGUUUUGGAUUAUGGAAGGCAUGUUCAUUCUAUUGUUUUCAAAACUGGGUUUUUGGUUAGGACUUAUGUGGUUAAUUCUCUUAUUACUAUGUAUUCUAACUGUGGAUGUGUUGCCAAUGCUUAUGAGGUAUUUGAGGAAACGGAAGAUGGGGUCCGUGAUCAUGUUAUGUAUAAUGCAAUGAUAGAUGGUUUUGAGGGCAUGGAAAGCUUUGAAGACGCGUUUGUAGUGUUUAGGGAUAUGCAUAGGGCUUGUAUUUGUUUAACUGAAGUUACUUUUGUGAGUGUGUUGAGCUCCUGCUGUUCUUUGAGAGUUGGGUGUCAAGCACAAGCUUUGGCUAUUAAAAUGGGGUUUGAUCAUGACUAUAUUGCUGUCGACAAUUCGACUAUAACCAUGUAUUCAUGCUUUGGGGAGGUGAAUGAGGCUCGAAAAGUUUUCAAGAGAAUGGAAGAAAAUAGGGAUCUUGUUUCGUGGAAUGUAAUGAUUUCGAUGUUUUUUUAA